UCAGUCCUGUCUACUCACCCACAGGCGCUGCGAACGUGCCCUGUCCAUACCAGUCGCGCUUUUGUUACAUUUUCCCAACGUUGUACAGUUGUUUUUCGCUGCUGGAGCUUGCUCUUUUGUUAGAAGUGCGAUUUUGAGAAAAAUAUUGUGCGUUUGCUAUUAUGGAAUAGCUUGUGUUUCAGGUUAGCAAGAUCACAAGAAUAAAAUUUGGACACCACUUGCUUAUCUUUCCUAUCAUUAAUGAAUGACUUUGAAGAGAAAACUCCUAAAAGACAUGGACAGCACCACAGCCGUAAAUAAGAUAAUAUAACUCUGACGUCUAACGUUGUGGACCUCAAACCAUAUCUCAAAUAUACAUCUCAUUAUGAAAGGCUCCCUGACGUUAAUUGGUUUGCUGAAUGAAACAAGAAGACACGUAAUCAAUAACACUGGAUACUGUGAGGACGACUGGCAAAAAAUAUCAGCAAUGUUUAAUUGUAAGGUGGGAUUAGAAUAAAAACUCCUUGCGUCACUGCAUAGCCUCCUGAACUGAGUCAAAUGCCUUUUCCUUGGAAUCGAUUAUCAAAAGUCUUGACACUUGUAUACAGUUUAGACUUUGGAUUAAUUCACCUUUGCAAGUAUUCCUGACCACGAGUAUUGUUCUCCAUUAAUUAAAAAGCGACAUUUAACUAAAACAAUAAUGAAUAACACAUCGUCUUGAGAAAGAUCGAAAAAAGAAAAACUUAUUAGGAUGCUUUAAGAUAUUUGUACUCUCAAAGAGUCACUUCAACAAGUCUCUGUCCACCAACACGCGAGAAGGGAACACUUUAUAUUUUCUGGAACUGGACACUCGACCUCAUCCGCUGAACAACUGUAUUCAAUAAAUCGUUCGGGAUAGCCGUCCUCUGAGUCAACUCGUCACUGUGUCAUCAUGGCGAUACACAUCCCUGGGCUCAUUGCCAUCGUCGUCUUUUAUCUCCUCAUCGUUGCGGUCGGCAUCUGGGCCUCCCGGAAAUCCAAGCAAACAGGAAGUACUGCAGACAGCGAAGACGUGAUGUUAGCCGGGAGGAACAUUGGUCUCCUCAUUGGGAUAUUUACUAUGACGGCGACCUGGGUGGGCGGAGCCUACAUCAACGGAACAGCAGAAGUGAUCGUCAGUUCCGGUUUGCUCUGGUGCCAGGCUCCUGUGGGAUACGCCCUUAGCCUUGUCUUCGGUGGUCUCUUUUUCGCCAACAGAAUGCGCUCAGAAGGCUACGUGACCAUGCUUGACCCUUUCCAGCACAAAUAUGGCGAAAGGAUGGGCGGUCUGCUGUUCGUACCCGCGCUGUUGGGUGAGGUCUUCUGGACUGGCGCGGUGUUGGCUGCUUUGGGAGCCACACUGUCUGUGAUAGUUGAGAUGGAGCCUAAGCCAGCAAUAAUCAUCUCUGCUUGUGUGGCGUUGUUCUAUACUCUCAUAGGCGGUCUGUACUCUGUGGCCUACACAGAUAUCGCACAGCUGUUUUGUAUCUUUUUCGGACUGUGGAUAAGUGUGCCGUUCGCUCUCACACACGAGGCAGUGAGUGGCAUAACCGCCAACGCUACUCAGAACUGGAUCCUGCCAAUCGACACUGCGGACAUGCCUAUGUAUGUUGACAGUUUCCUGCUGCUCACGUUUGGCGGCAUUCCCUGGGGGGUCUACUUCCAGCGUGUGUUGUCCUCCAAGACAGCCCUCAAGGCCCAGAUCCUCUCUUAUAUCGCAGCCGUGGGCUGUAUCAUCAUGGCUACCCCUGCUGCCAUCCUCGGCGCCGUUGCUGCUUCUACUGAUUGGAACCAAACCAACUGGCCUGGCAAAGUGCCAAUUCCCGCCGAAGACCUUCCCAUGAUCCUACCGAUGACAUUGCAGUAUCUCUGUCCUCCUGCCAUUACCUUCAUUGGCCUGGGCGCUCUGUCGGCUGCUGUCAUGUCAUCUGCAGACUCGUCCAUUCUCUCUGCCGCCUCUAUGUUUGCUAGAAAUGUCUACCGGUCGCUGUUCAGAAGUGUGGCAUCCGAGCGAGAAGUUCUCUGGGUGAUGCGAGUAGCAAUCUUCGGAGUCACUGCCCUUGCAUUAGUCAUGGCUUUGUGUGUGGAGUCUAUCUACGCCCUGUGGAUUCUGUGCGCUGACCUCGUAUAUGUCAUCUUGUUUCCCCAACUGGCCUGUGUGAUAUACAUUGAAAGCUCCAACACCUACGGCUCUCUAGCUGGUUAUGUCAUGGGAUUGUUCUUCCGGGUAGCUGGAGGAGAACCUGCCAUAGGGCUUCCAGCACUCAUCCAGUACCCGGGGUACAAUUCAAAAACAUACGCCCAACCAUUUCCUUUCAAAACUCUGUCGAUGGCCAUUACUUUGUCUUCUCUGAUCGGGAUGUCUUACCUCACCAAGUAUUUGUUCGAAUCUGGCAUCCUGCCUCGGCGCUUUGAUAUCUUCCAGUGCAUCGUGAACAUCCCUGAUGAGCAGAUGGUCCUCGCCUCACGGGACAGCGUGGACGAGAGGACCAAAUUUGGCCUGUAUGGAAAGGAAAAUGGCGGCAAAGUCAACCCAGCUCUGAAAUUCUCUAAUGAGGAUUUGAUAACCACUGGCGAACUGGAGUCUGAUUCUGAAACAGCUACAAGUGAAAAGCGUGGCUCUAUCCAAUGAUGUUAUUAGACACUAUAGAAAUGUAUGGGGUAAAAGUUGAGCUGUGUAGCAUAAUCCAUCAAAUGCACUGAUGUAAAAUAAAUAAAUAAAUAAAUAACUGCAUCAUAAUAAUUAAAGUAAUGUUUCAGAUUGAAAGUAAAAAGUGUUUAAAGAGAUAGUAUGAUAUUUGAUUUUCCGCCUUUGGCUUUCCUAAUUGCAACAUUUUCACACUUUUAUGAAUAGGAUCUGCUGAUACUUUCAAGUGCAGGCUGGGCUAUUUAUUUUAGAUAACUUGAUUGACAACUUAAUGAGAUGCUGAAGAUGAUUAUGAUCACUUGAUAUCAUGAAUGGAAAAACGUUGUAUUAUUAUUUGAUCCUUUAACGCAUUCUGAAAAAGUAAUGUACGUGUAUUUCGAAAACCGCUCGAUGCAAGUUACUUCAUUUUGCCCUAAUACUACUCGGUGUGGGUUUUUUUUUAAAUCCACGGUGGGUUGCAAGAAAAACAGCGAGAUAUAAGAAGCAAACUUCUGCAUAACAAGGAGAACAUGCUCAAAGGUAACGGGGAGGGCUGCAUGAUUCGCCGUCGAACUUUCAGUUUAACCAAGAAGUCUAAGUAUGACUGCCUUGUGACCAGUAGUUAAGUGUACUUUAUUCCAUUUCUUCUUUGUAAUUUGAUUAAACAUUAUUUGUAGUUGUCUAGGCGAGUUAUGUAUUGUGUGAAAGAUAAGAGCAGUGCAAAAUGAGACACGUUUGGUUCUGGGAAUGUGGUCGGGUGGGAGCUCACCUUUUGUUCAUAUCAGGCUUGACCAAAACCAUAAAAGGCGUCUCUGCUUCCAGACAAAACGACAGUUAAAUAUCUGCUUCGGAUGAUAACGUGCAUUUGUAUAUUACCACGUUAAAAGCAAAUGAUCAAAUGGAAGACGUUUAAAAUUGGAACUUGUUACUUAAAAAUUAGUUAUUUCUUUGUCCUCUUUAAGCUCAACUGUCCAGUCCCGAAGUUAAAAUUUUUCAUUUAUGUGGAAGGUUGAGUUUCGAAAUACGCAUUUUUUUAUAAAACGAGGACGUUAUUUUGUUAUUAUUUGCUCUCAUAACAGAGCUUCUUGUACUUGGGAUUCAAUUUUACAUGUUUUUCGGGGGUGCUUAAAACGGCAGAGUUGCUUCACAUUAAUACAGAUAAUCUAUCCUUGCCGUUAUAUCAUGUCAAGAUUCAAAUCUGUUUGCACUAGCUGAAGUGUUUUUGUCUGUUCAAAUUUGUAACUUUGUAAUUCCUCUGGCCUCUGUUGCUAUUGUAACUGCUGCUGUUGAUGUUUGUUUCCACUCUACUGGUCGUUUUUUUCUGACUGUUACACAAAUUUAAAUUAUUUGGUCGAAAGCCCCAGACGAUUGCUGUUUUUAUCCCUUGAUGCGGUCAACACGAAAAGGAUUGACUUCUAAAGAAUAAAUGUGCCAACUGUGUCUGCUCAGUUUCGUUCUCGGUUUCGUUAUUGUUGUUAAUGUUGAAAUUGGUGUUGUCGUUUGUUUGUUUGUUCUUCGUUUAUUUUUACCCGAAGGCUGCACUAGUUUUACUGUUGGUGUCGCCAUUAUUAAUGUUAACCUCCACCAGGUUGUUGGUGUGUAUGUAGCAACGAUAAUCAUUUAUGGAGUUGCUGUCGUAAGUGAGUCUCUUUUUCUCGUCGUCGUUGUUCUGGAUCGUACUUUUUUAUAACGAUAGUAUAGAUGAGAUGGAAGAAUAAUAUGGAAGAGGGCGAAAACAGACAGGCAAACUAUUUUUGAAACUCUUGGGAAAAUUUGCAAUUGACGCAAAAUGAAUAAUAAUAUAACACAGGGGUUUACAAUUCGAGUGUUGUUCAGAGAAUAAAAUAGAGUUCACAAAAAACAACUGCCUGAGAUUUGUUUGGAGGUGAUAUCUGGUUCGUCAACUAGGAAGGAACAAAAUAGUGCGUAUGUCAAUAGGACUCCAGGAUUUAUAAUUUAAAUGUUCUACAAAAAUUUGUUUUACCCAUAAGUAUAAAAUAGAUAUUUGAAACCAUAGUUCCUUUGCCUUUAAGACUUACAAGAGGCAUUCCAAUGAUUACACUGACAUGUUUAAAAUUCGCAAUUCACAAAUUCUUUUUGUAAAAAUAAGUAUUCCGCUGCUAAAGAUGCGAAACUUGUUUAUCUUCUCUCAAUCUUUGCAACAUUUUCCAAACAUUUAUUACCCGGGAUAACAUUUCCUGUUUCUAGGAAAUUUUGAUACCGGCCAAAUAUUUGUAAAGGCUGCCUUUUUCGUUUCCAGAUCUAACUCAAGGUGUACCAUAGACAUAGAAAAAAAAA